AUGGAGGCCAAUGCCAAUAUUUUACCAAAUGAUAUCCUCUUUGCUACUUUCUCCGCUGCCAACGAUGCCGCCAUUCUCCUCUUUGAGCUCAUCCAGGCAAAGGCGUCACCGCCGAAUCUCGUCAGCGAUGGAAAUUCCAUUGGCUUUGAAUUAUCGCUGCCCGUGACAUCUGAUCAUCAUGAUUCUAGCGGUUCUGACACCGGUUCUGAAACCAGCUCCGACACUGGCUUGGGAUCGGAUCGGUUAGAGUGGAAGAUUGGCGCAGGUGCAUCGCCGGCUAUGGUGGACAAAGGGUUGGUUCAGAACAACCCACAAAUUGUUCUUUGCCCACCAGGCACAUCACCAGCUUCCCAAGCCGUUCGAAAAUACAUCAAAGACUUCCACGCCAGCAUUUACGUGCAUGCGAAGUCAGGUGUACUCAUGCUCAAAGCAAUCUGUGACCGGCCAAUGAUCUACGAGCAAGGCGAUAUGCACGAUAAUGACCUGGAGCUUGGUUUGGGUAAAUGGGGCGACGGCAUAUCAUGCGUCUUGCGGAGAGAAAAGAAUUACAUUAAUAUCGGCCCAUACCGCUUCCUUUUGAAAUAUGCGACACAAAGUCGAAAGACCUACCACAGCUUCACUGCGCAUAUCAACGAUUGUGUAAAGAGUGCAUAUCAUGGUCUGGUCCCGUCAAGUCUGUUCAACUUUAUUCCAAUGGCAUCUCCAUACAAUAAGACCAGAUGGAAUGUGUGGCUCCAUCAGCAAAUCCCAACAACCGAUGUUACAACCGGCGUCAACAUUUACACUGGACAACCGGUCGCUAUCAAAAUGCUGCGCAAUAGAGAUUUGAUCCAUGCACGCCAGCGUAUUGUGAACCUACUUCAGAUGGCCCUCCAUAACCAAAACAAGCAAGACAGUGGCAUCCUUGGCAUUAUCGACGUCUGGUGCGAUCACCAGACCUCUCCUCCAUGCCUAUUCGAUGCGCCGGGUAACCAUCCGCUCACCGAGUGUCGCUGUAUCUAUUAUUCGAUGCCGCUGGCCUCGUACAAUUUCUUAAAUCUUCCUUGGUCCAAGUUGGCAGCUGACAUGCGACUUCUAUAUCUCCACCAGACGCUGUUAGGCCUUGCCGAAUUGCAUGGGCAAGGUCUUGUUCAUGGGAAUAUCCGGCCCGGGUCACUGCUUAUAUUGGGUGACACCACGCGCAAAUUACGCCUGAACACCAAGACGCUUGCAACACAAAAAGUUGUCUUGUCCCUCUCCAUGAGCCAGAUAGAUAAGAAGAUGUUUCACAGGACAAGCAUUUGUGUGGCACCCGAAGUAUGGCAAAACGGGGGGGCCACAGCAGAACUGGACAGAACAAAACUCGACAUCUGGGCAUUAGCUUCCUCGUGGCUCUAUGCAUUUGCAACACCAAAACAUGGCAACAUAGUAACAAGCGAUACCCACCGGCGGCUUCAGGGCCAUCUGGGUAAAAUCUCUGAAGUAUACCAUCAUCUAGCACCUUUUACCGCUCUUUUGCGCAAAAUGCUGGCUUGGGACCCACAAGACCGACCAACCGUGACCGAAGCUCUUGCAAGCGACGCCUGGCAGCUUGUCUGGACAGAGAAGCAAAAGGACGAGGACAAGAAAAAGCAGAAGCGCAAGGCCAAGAUGCAAUCGGAUGGGGCCAAGAGAGUUAGGGUGCUCUCACCCCAGGAACAAGAUUAUAGGGUCUUUGAGCCAUGA